AUGGAGUUUACCAAUGUUUGUACAAAAACAAUUCAAGUGGGACCCAAUUUACCACUUCUUAUAGACAAUUCUUCAAGUCAUAAAAGUCUAGCAACUGACCAAUUUAAAGGUCAAACAGUGUAUAUGAAGGAUGGUGAAGACAUGGAGUUUACCAAUGUUUGUACAAAAACGAUUCACAUAGGACACAAUCUAAUAGACCACACUCAAAGCAAAAAUACAUCCAUAGUUUUACAGGAAAAUAAGCUGACUGGUGAGAAAAUGUUGAACAGUCAAACAGUGUAUAUGAAGGAUGGUGAAGACAUGGAGUUAACCAAUGUUUGUACAAAAACGAUUCACAUGGGACACAAUCUAAUAGACCACACUCAAAGCAAAAAUACAUCCAUAGCUUUACAGGAAAAUAAGCUGACUAGUGAGAAAAUGUUGAACAGUCAAACAGUGUAUAUGAAGGAUGGUGAAGACAUGGAGUUAACCAAUGUUUGUACAAAAACGAUUCACAUGGGACACAAUCUAAUAGACCACACUCAAAGCAAAAAUACAUCCAUAGCUUUACAGGAACAUAAGCUGACUAGUGAGAAAAUGUUGAACAGUCAAACAGUGUAUAUGAAGGAUGGUGAGGACAUGGAGUUAACCAAUGUUUGUACAAAAACGAUUCACAUGGGGCACAAUCUAAUAGACCAC